UGUUUCUGCAGCUCCACCAAUGGAAAGCGCUGUAGUCGAGCCUGGCUCAGCCUGCAUCCGGGUCUCGGGUUGGCCAGCUCGCUCUCCGGGAGGGCGAACAACAUGGCGGAGGCUUCCUAUGGAAGUUCGAGUCCAGGCAAAGCAACUCUUAAGCUUUUUAUUAAAUUUCUUGGCUGUGGCAUUUAAUCAGCAUGUAUACUGAUUGCCUCUUGCAAAUCUGAAAAAAUUAAGAUACUGUUCAACGUAUGAGGGAGGAACAAGAAGAGAUGCUAAUUUAAUUCACAAGAAGUUGAGUUGGCUCAUUGUCUUCUGAGGAUCAUGAUUUCGACCCUACAGCAGAAAUGCUAGUGCAUGAUUAUGAUGAUGAGCGAACACUUGAAGAAGAGGAAAUGUUAGAGGGAGGGAAGAAUUUCACAUCUGAAAUUGAAGAUUUGGAAAGGGAGAGCAACAUGCCACUUGAUGAUUUGCUGGCACUUUAUGGAUAUGAACCUCCAGUAAUAGAAAAUGAAAAUCCAGGGAGUUCGCCAAGUGAGCUUGCUGAUGAAUUACCUGACAUGACUCUUGAUAAGGAGGAAAUAGCAAAGGACCUACUUUCAGGUGACGAUGAAGAAACGCAAUCUUCUGCUGAUGACCUGACCCCAUCUGUCACUUCUCAUGAAACAACAGAUUUAUUUCCCCGACACUUAAGAUCAAGCACUACCUUUGAUGGUGAUAAAGAAUCUGAAGAUGAAGAAGGACAGGAUGAUUGUGUCCCGCCUGAAGACUUGAAAAAGGAGAUAAUGGUGGGUUCAGAGUAUCAAGCUGAAAUUCCAUCCAGUCUGUGCAGAUACAAAGAUGGUGAUAAAGUCUAUGAAAAUGAGGACCAAUUACUUUGGACUCCCUAUUUGCUUCCUGAAAGUGCGGUAAAGGAAUUCUUGCAUGAAGCAGCUAAGAGAUCUGCAGAUGAGAAAGGUGUUGGUGGUAUACCUGAAGGGGCACAUGUAAGGGACAAUGAACAGGCACUAUAUGAACUUGUAAAAUGUAACUAUAUUGUUAAGGAGGCACUCGGAAGUUACCACUCAAAUGUAAAGGCUACACGAGAUGAGCAGUCUGCUUGGACAGAAGAGGAGUGCAGAAACUUUGAACUUGCACUUCGACUCUAUGGUAAAGAUUUUCACCUAAUACAAGCAAAUAAGGUCAGGAGUCGAUCUGUGGGGGAAUGUGUGGCUUUCUACUAUAUGUGGAAGAAGUCUGAAAGAUAUGACUACUUUGCACAGCAAACCAGGUUUGGGAAGAAGAGAUACAAUCUUCAUCCUGGAGUUACGGAUUAUAUGGAUCGUCUGGUAGAUGAGGCUGAGAUGGGAAUGUUAAGUCGAUCAGUACAUUCUCCAUCUGUGUGUUCUUCUGUCAGCAGACCAGAAACCAUUUCUGAUCACAAUCUAAUGAGCUCUGGACAUGAGUUUUCUGCACUGACCAGUGUUGGUACAACAUGCAGCGUGGCAGAUGUAAACUGUUUGGAUUCCUAUAAUUUUCCUCCGUUAGACAGUUUACACUCGAAGGGACCAACUACCCAUGUGCCUGUUUUAAUAGAAGAAUCACUUGGUUUGCCUACAAAUGGUGAUACAGACUGUCUAAAUUUAUUCGAGACUGGAUUCUACCAUUCUGACUUAAGCCAGAUAAGCAUGUGCAACGAUGAACCUGAAAGACCUACAAAGAGAUUGAAAAUGGGGAUUGCUGUUCAAGAAUCUUUUAUCAAUGACAAUAACCUGGGUGUGGAUUUCGAGAAUCGCACACAUCACAUCACUAGUGCCAAAAUGUCUGUUUCUGUUGCUGAUUUUAGCAGCUUGUCUGGUAGUGAAGCAAAUGGCUUCAUCAAUCCCCAUGCACUACACCAGCACACAGCUCUCCAAUCAGAGUGACUCCUGCAUUGAAAAUUCUUAUGGAAUGGUGGUAUGCAGUAACAGUGGACUUGGUGGGUGAGCCAUCAAGUUUGUUCAGUCAUUCACUGGAAGUUUGAAUUUUUUACUAUGACAUCAGUGAUGUCUUUUUACUUAUAGAACCUAAUCUUGAUUUCUCAAGAGUUAAAUAGCCAUUUAUUUUCAGUCCCUAAUAACAUAGAAAUUUCAGAGAUUAUGUUCACAUAGCAGAGUUGGGGACUUAAAUUUGAACUUUAUGAUGCAGUCUUGAACUCUCAAGCCUUUGCAUCUCCUUUGUAGCCAGUAGACAAAGGAACCAUUUCACCUCCUGACACCAACAUUGGGAAUCUGAAACAACAGAAAUGGCUUCCAUGAGUCCACACCACUGUUACAGUAGUGGGUACAGAGGAAUACUAAUGUUUACAGGUACCUAGCCUUGUCCCUGGCUAAUGUAGCAUUUUAGAAGUGAACUGUGCAUAUCAGUGCAAAGACCUGCAUGAACAGAGCCUUCUCUCAUUCAUUGACUUAAAGCAGAGCACUUCAGUUUACAGUGCCGUGAGUGCAUCCUUUAGAAGAAAAUUGCUGGAUGAAGUACAAGCAGGAGGAAGUCUACAGACAUUCACUUGUCUAGCAAGAGUUGGGCAUGGCUGCCAUCUGUAAACGGGUUGCAACUACUGCCAGAUUUCUGUGUGCUUAAAAAUUCUUCAAGCUUUUAUUGAUUAGAUUAAAUAUUGAAUUUUGUGAUAAUUGUAUAUUGAUGUUUAUUUUUUUUAAAGACUUUAAAGAUUGUAUUAUAGCGUAUCUCAAAUUGCGCAGUGCAUUGUAUAUCUUAUGAGAUUUCCUGGGGCAGCUGAAACUGUUUUGACACAGCUUGGGACUUGCCACUUUUAAACAUAAUUCUAAUUUGACAGCCUAGCCAAAUUUCUUGCAGCAGUUCAUUGUGUUCUGUAUAAAAUAAUGUUUCCGUAUCUUGCAGCAUAUAAUAUAGUGAAACCUUGAUGAACCAGGUUGAAGCUGACUCCUUCGUAAUGCAUUCCAAGUUUUUAGUCUGUUGUAAAUGUGAUUCUGAAGAUAAAGGUUUUGAAAUAAAAUACUUGUUAGACUG